UAUGGGACAGCAGCUGCCCUGAUCCGCCCAGCCUCCUUCUCUAGUUCUCACUCACUCUCUCUCUUUCUUUCUCUUUCAUUCCUGUCUUUCUUCCUCUAUCAGUCCUCUUUCCCCCCUAAACACUUCUAAUCUCCUCCACAAUGGCUGACAAACAGGGAAACGUCAAGAGAAAGGAGAGCACCAAGAAAAAGGAGAGCUCAAAGCCACAGGAGAAGGCCAAAGCAAAGGAGAGCUCAAAGCCACAGGAGAAGGCCAAAGCAAAGGAGAGCUCAAAGCCACAGGAGAAGGCCAAAGCAAAGGAGAGCUCAAAGCCACAGGAGAAUGCCAAGCCAGAGGAGAAUGCCAAGCCACUGGAAAAUGCCAAGCCAGAGGAAAACUCCAAGGGUCCUGAGGACCCGGAGAACCCUGAAGACAAGGUGGAAUUAAUGGAGCUGCCUCCCUUCGAAGUCAUUACAGGGGAUCGCAUCUCGUCCUUUUAUUUCAAAUUCCAGUUCAGAAACGUGGAGUACUCGUCCGGCCGCAACAAAACGUUCCUGUGCUACUCGGUGGAUAUCCAGGGGGGCGGCGACGUGGAGACCCUGCGGGGCUACCUGGAGGACGAGCACAUCACUGCUCCGCACGCGGAGGAGGCCUUCUUCACCCUCCUCCUGCCCGAGUGCAACCCUGAGCUGCGCUACCACGUCACCUGGUACGUGUCCUCCAGCCCCUGCGUGGCCUGCGCUGCCAAGAUUGCAGAGGUGCUGCGCAGCCGCAAGGGCAUGCGGCUCACCAUCAUGGUGGCACGCCUCUUCAUGUGGGAGGAGCCGGAGAUCCAGGAAGGCCUGAGGCAGCUGAGAGCCGCCGGCUGCAAGCUGAAGAUCAUGAAGCCGGCCGACUUCAUCUACACCUGGGAUACCUACGUGGAGCCCGAGGGACAGACGUUCACUCCCUGGGUGGACACGCAGGAGAACUACGAGUACUACGAAGAGAAGCUGUCCGAGAUACUGCAGUGACAGCAGAGGACUGGAAUGCUGUCUGUCAUCGUAACAUGAGUCUGGGCUACCUGACAUCUGACCUCUUCUCUUUCACUCACAAAAUCAACCUUCAGACACCUGCUUUCCUUCUCUAAGUAUUCUGCAAAUACGCUUGUUCUAAUAAUCACAGUAACGCUUUUCUGUUGUGGGACUGGGUUAAAACGUGACUCUUGUCGGUAAGGUGGUCCUUUUACACAGUACAUAUCGUAUCAGAGUAGAUCCAUCAGGGUGCUUCGCUGUGUUUGAUGUUCCCCUUUGAUGCGCCCAACCCCCCUCUCCAAGGAGAGCAUUGCUCAACACCGACACCAACUGGUUACACAGCGUCCUACAGCUGUGGACUUCUAUUCAAACCUCCACUGGCUCAUCCACGACCUUGGCCAACAAUGCACUCAUGUUCUUAUUCCCUUUUGAAGAGUGAUUUACAAUGAAGUGCAGAUUUUCCUUCUAGUAUUCAGUUGCACCCAGUGUGUAAACUAACAGUCCUUCAUUUUACAUGCCCGAUGCAUCUGUUUUUUCUUGUUGUGCCCUAUAAAGCUUUUAUUAUAUAUUUUUUAUGUAUUUUAUGUCAUCUGCAUAACCAACGCAAUCCUCUUUUUAUUUUAGGUUUUUGUUUCAUGAGCUCUAACAGAACAGCGGAUGACAUGUAUAACCUCCCACUGCUGCAGGGGAGGCAGGAGUCGAACGCUUCGGCUUCCAGAAUAAAGUAGACAGCAGGUUUAUAAAGUUAACUGUAAUGGAAAAAAAAAUCUCAUUGCUCAUGAAGCUGAGCGCACAGGCGGUUUAACUAUGAAGAGAACAGGACAUGAGGCCAAAGAAUCAUUUCUUCUGAUAACCCUGCACAUGAUUGUGGUACAGCUAUACAGCUAUGGCCAAAAGCUUUGCAUCACCCUAUACAAUUAACUCAUUUUGCUUCAUAGAGUCAAAUGAAACCUGCUGAAUAAUGUUACAUUAACAUAUUGAAUUGCAUACUGAUUUGUAGUUUCCCUUAUAUAUAUUUUCCUUAUAUAUAUAUCUGACAAAUUGAAAAAUGUGACAUUUCAAAAUCUAACAAUACUACCAUUAGCCAUUCGGUAGACAGAUGCAAUUUUGUAGUUUCUUUGAUUACAUGAAGCUAAAAUUAUAUUAAUAGUUUUUCUUUUUCUUUUUUAAAUUAUGUCUCAAUCCUAAAAUUCCAUGUGAUGCAAACCUUCUGGCUUUAAGAUCUGUUGGUUCCUUGGUGUGUUAAGGGUUAAUAUCAGAAAUUACAUUUAUGUAUGGAAGAGGUGAAAUUGCUGAGGAUGCUUCUAGGGCCCUGUUCACAAAGCACAUGGAGAAGCCAUUGCAUGAACCUCCUGGGUUACUGAUCUGAAGCGUUGCAACAUGGUAAAGGUAACCCUACUUGACUCAGCUUCUCGUAGGGUUACCUUAGAAUUAUGAUUGGGAAUGUUGGAGUCAUGGAAGAAUAACAAACUUGUUUCGUGCACCUCUUGCAAAAAUAAGACAGUUAGCCUAUUUUUUUGUGGUACACAUGUCCCUUGUACCUUAAAGGGUUAAAGUCCAGCAUUGCAAUGAAAACAGGACAGUAAAGACAGAACCUUUUGCACAUCGACAUUAAAGAGAAACACGUACAGUGCUCUACAAACACACACAUCCCAUUGUAUACAUGCUCCUCAUUUGCCAUUAUGUGAAAGAAAAGUUUCUAAAUGUUCAUAUAGAUCAACAUGUUAAACUGUAUUAUUAUUAUUAUUAUUAUUAUUAUGACUGAGAGCACAACUUGUCACAUGUUUGUAUGUUUUCUUUAGCAUUUUAUUAUUUCAUUAAAAGAAUGUUUCCAAACAGA